UACUCAAAAUGGCACCGUCCAUGAGUUACAACGUGUUUGUUGGAGCUGCCACUGGUCUUUUAAAGGGUGUAAAUUUCACACAACAGAAAGUUGAUAACCUGAACACUGUGCAGAACCUGGGCAAUGCAAAGGAACAAGAGAUAGAAGUGAUGUGCUGGGGAGAUUCUGAACAAAGUCAGAUAUGCUUUGGAUCUAAAAACCGAAUGGUCAAGUGUUGGGACAGUGAACAUAGAAGUUUCACAAAUAUUUUGGAAGCCAAAGGUGGCACAGGGGCUAUGCGAGGUCUGGCAAAACUGGAUAAUAAUAUCAUCACAUGUGUAGAAUCUGGACAGGUGACAGUAUGGGAUACUGCUCUUGAGGAAGUAGAAAAGGUGAAAUUUGAGGUUGGUGGUGAUGUGUGUAAAAUGCGCCACAAUGCCCACCAGUCAAAUCAGAUUGCCACUGGCGGAAAGGAGAAUGAGCUGAAGAUUUGGGACCUAACAAACAGUAGUGUUCCUUUGUUUACCGCCAAAAACGUUCCACACGACUUUCUUAACUUACGAGUGCCUGUCUGGAUCACAGAUAUGCAGUUUGUACCCGAUAGUGAAAAGAUUAUCACGUGCACAGGCUACCAUCAGGUGCGGAUGUACGACCCGAGCACGCCACAGAGGAGGCCCGUGAUCAAUGUAGAAUUUGAUGAAUAUCCUAUUGUAUCCAUGUCGCUUACAGCUAAUGGAAGUUCGGUCGUGGUCGGGAAUGCACGAGGUAACAUGGCGCUCGUGGACCUGCGUCACACUGGUCGCGUUGUCCAGCAGUACAAGGGAGCCAUCGCCGGCAGCCUGCGCUGCGUGCACUGCCACCCGACAGAGCCACUGGUUGCAUCGUGCGGCCUCGACCGAUUCCUGCGCAUUCACGACGUGAACACGAAGAAGCUGCUACACAAGGUCUACCUGAAGUCCAAAUUAAACUGCUUGCUAUUUAGUAGUGCAGCCGAUCGAGAUACAGUUGACGAACUAGAACCUUCAGCGAUAGGUGAGGCAAAGCCCGUGACCCAAGCAGAGGUCAGCAAUGAGGUCGACGACGAUGACCUCUGGGACACAAUGCCUGUAAUCACCGAGCGACCGCAGGGCAUAGAUGGAACAGUCGGCCCGACGACGGCCGAGACGAAAUGCGCAGCCGCGGCGAAGGGCGGGAUAAAGAAGAGAGUCCAUCAACGCAGUGAUGACAGCUCCGAAAGCAGCAGCGGCGAAGAGCAGGAAGAACUUGUUGCUAGCAAAGCGAAAACGAAGCCACGCAGGAGUGCAGAAAAGAAGAAGAAUAAGAAGAAGCUGAUUAAGACAAAACCAAAGACGCUUAAAGCUCAAAAGGUUGCAUGAGACGUGGGAAUCGGAAAUCGGAAUCUUAUGCUGUCUCACUAAAUCUUGUAUAUAAUAACUUUUUUGCUAUACGUGAUGGCAUUUCGAAUGUAUAAUAUAUAAUAAAGAUUUAAGAUUUUG